AUUGGUCAACGGCUAUCUUGUGGAGAAGUGACGCAAUUUUCUUGGCCACAUCCGAAGUCAAAGGGAGGGUAAAUUUUAAUGGCAGUCACUGGCGCUGUAAAAUAAAUUAAGUACGGAAUCUGGGAAGAAUUCAUGACAAUUUCGGUUAUCAAUGUAGCUCUUUAAACGCGUUUUUUUCCUGGUACAUCUGCGUCGUAUUUGUAAACGGUUGCUAUCGUUGUUUCACGAAGUUAAGGCUUGUUUUGUGCGAUUACAGUACGCCGGAGUCAGACUAGGCCCAGCCGGGUGCAGAAGAAGCGGUCCCACUGAGUUGAGAGAGGUGUGUUUUCGGUGUUUUAAAGCGCAUUUCGGACCAUAUCUUGUUUUAAUAUGUAACUAGGUACCUAAUUUUGAGAGAUGCAUUUCGACACCUUUUUGUUACAGAAAAUAACAUAUUUAACGUUGCAUUUGCUGGCUAGCAAACGUUAACGCGUUAGACAUGUAAACAUAGCUAGCUACAGUUAGCAGUAACGUUAGCUAACUACUAUACAUGGCUAAUGCUGGUUUUUAGUAGAUGUCCGGCCUUUUUCUUACAUUGUCCCAGUCAGCCGUGUCAUGAGUUGAGCGUUACUAGUUGGCCAAUGAGCUGGCUACGCAACAUCGCGCCGAUGUGUAACUAGUUAGCUGGUUAACUAGCUGUUAACGUUACUAGUGCUGAAAAUAUCAUAGAUUGAGAUCAGUGUUGAAAGGAAACGUUAACUAACGAGAGCUGGAUAGCUAUCUAGCCGAAUUAACUAACAUUGCUUGAGCUUAGUCGGCUAAUUAGAUGCUGUAUGUAGCUACUGUGGUUUUAGUGAAUCCAACAUUGCAAUGACCCCCAACACACCUAAUUUAUUAGCAACGUAGUCUCGAACCUCAACGGCAGAGCUAAAGCUGAUAGCUAGUCGUUUGAUUUAAUCAGCUACUACAUUAUAAACUAUUCAGGGAAAAACAACAUCCAAUCUAUUUUGCAGAGAAUAUGUAACAUACAUCAACAUGACAUCCAGAUUUGGUAAAACCUACAGCCGUAAGGGAGGGGAGGCCAACUCCAAAUUUGAUGAGGUCUUCUCCAACAAGAAGGCCACACUGAGCACCAAAUGGGGAGAAACCACUUACAAGGCCCAGCUGGGCUCCAAGCGGCCCCUUCAAAAGCCUGAGGUAGUCGAGUUACUCAAGAGGCCCCGCAUUGAGGAUGACGACAGCUCAGAGGAUCCUUUUGGUUUUGACAGCGGCGAUGAGUCCAAUCCUGUCACCUCCCACAGUGUGCCCCAGUCUGAACCAGCUGAAGCUGAGGCCAGUAAUACGCCACCUGCUACAUCCACAGUCCCAGUGGAUAACAGUAGGAACACAGCUACAGGCAAGCAAACAUUGUCUAAUGAGGGUGCAGAAAAGAGUAGCCAGUCCUUGUACAGAAGUAAAUCGGACAGUAACCAGAAGCCUAUUGCUCAGUCCUCUGUUACAAAGACUGUGCCCAAGGACCCCUAUGUGGAAUGGAGCUUAAUAGGGACCCAGAGGUCUUCUACCUCUAGUAUGGACCCUCUCCAGGAAAAAGACUCAGCUGAGGCACCAGGGUUUAGCGGAGACUCACAGUUCUCUUCUUCCCAGGAUGGGCUCUCAGCUGGGAUGAAAAGUGCUCAACAGGAGGCCCCGGCCGAGCCUGUUGUUGACAACCUUCCCCCCUCCCCGUUCCUCCUCAGGCCCUGCAACACUAGGAAAUACAUCCGUCCCAAACCCAACAAGGCCUCUGACGUUCCAGAUUCUUCUGCUGCUUGCGACGUCAAACUGCCUGUAGCCGCCAGCGUUCCGGCUGCACUGAAGUCCAACAGUGUGUCCGCUGCCAGCGGUAGUGGCGGUGCUAAUGCUAGCACGACGGUGGCCAAACCUGCUGGCAGGGGUCGGGUACGGGACUACACGGUGCUGCAUCCAUCCUGCCUGUCGGUGUGUAACGUCACCAUCCAGGACUCCAUAGAGCGCAGCAUGGACGAGCUCAUCACCAGCACACCCCCUACUGACCUGGGGGAGGUGGGACGGCUGAGGAAGAAGGCAGACGUACCUCCAGCCAAACCCAACAGGUUCCGCACCACCCAGAGUAAAUCCAAGAAGGAGACCAAGCUGGAAUUUUUCGGCUUUGAGGACAAGGGUGACCAGGAGGGGGAGGAUGGUGCGGAACCCACGGCCGGUGGCAGCAGCUACAAGAUCAAGUACUUUGGCUUUGACGACCUCAGCGAGAGUGACAGUGACGAAGAGGAUGGCACCCAUGUCAAAGUGAAGAGGAAGGCCAAGAAGGCUGCAGCAGUGGCGGUAGCAGCCAUGGCUGUUAGUGUGGAUAGCCCUCAGCCCAGCGACUCUCAGGACAGCCAGAGCAGCAGCAAUACAGAUAUUCUGGAGUUUUCUGAUGACUCUAACCUUGGUGGGUCUGAAGAGCAGAAGGGUCAUUCAGGAAAACAAGGGGACACAUCCAAGGAAAUUGGCAGGAAGAUCUUCAGUGGACCAAAAAAGUCCCCUGCUAAAGCUGUGUACAAUGCUCGCCACUGGAACCAGCCUGAGCCUGAGGAGAUUCCCCUGCCACCCCUUGCCUGCGCGCACACUGCUCCGGCCAGCAUGUCGAGCGGAAGUAACAAGGACACCAAUUCUCACAAAGACGACGGUCUGUUCAAAGCGCCUCCCCCACCGCCCAAAGUCAUCAAGUCUGUGACCAUCCCCACUCAGCCUUACCAGGACAUCGUCACAGCUCUCAAAUGCAGGAAGGAACACAAGGAGCUGUACACAGUUGUGCAUAAUGUGAAGCACUUCAACGAUGUGGUAGAGUUUGGUGAAAACCAGGAGUUCACUGAUGACUUUGAGUACCUGGAGACAGGCCUGAAGAGCAGCCAGCCACUCAACACACGAUGCCUUAGUAUAAUCAGUUUAGCCGCAAGGUGUGCAAUGCCCAGUUUCCGGAUGCACCUACGGGCCAGAGGGAAGGUGGCUCAGGUCUUCAAGAUGUUGAAUGAUGCCCCGCUGCAUCCGAACCUGGCCCUGUGUACUGCCUCUCUGAUGUACAUCCUAAGCAGAGACAGGUUAAACAUGGACCUGGACCGGGCCAGUCUGGAGCUGAUGAUCAGACUGUUGGAGCUGGAGCACGACCACUCGGGCCACCAACAGGACCAGCUCACUGCCAAGGAGAUGACCAAGGUCAAGGAGAAAAUCCGCAAGCUAUGUGAGACGGUUCACAACAAGCACCUGGACUUGGAGAACAUCACGUCGUGUCACCUGGCCAUGGAGACCCUGUUGUCUCUGACCUCGAAGAGGGCCGGGGACUGGUUCAAAGAGGAGCUGCGCUUACUGGGAGGCCUGGACCACAUUGUAGAUAAAGUGAAAGAAUGUGUUCAGAACCUGAGCCAAGAGGAAGACAAGGAGAAGCUGGUGUCAUCGCUAUGGGGGGCAGAGAGGUGUCUAAGAGUACUGGACAGUGUGACUGUCCAGAACCCAGAGAACCAGGGCUACCUGAUCGCCUACAAGGACUCUCAGCUCAUAGUGUCCUCUGCCAGAGGUUUGCGGUACUGUGAGGACAUGAUUCAGCGCUACAGCCGGGAGGUGAACAGCUCUCUGUGUUCGUCAGGCACGGCGCUGCCCCACUGCAGCUUCAGCAACGUGGGCAAGGCCGUUGAGGACUGCAUGAGGGCAGUCAUAGGGGUGCUACUCAAUCUCACCCACGACAAUGAGUGGGGAAGCACUAAGACUGGAGAGCAGGACCGGCUCAUCAUCACAGCACUCAACUGUGUCCUACGGGUCCCACGCUACAUACCUCAGGAACAACGCUUUGACAUCAGAGUCCUGGGCUUGGGUCUGCUGAUUAACCUGGUGGAGUACAGUGCCAGAAACCGCCACUGUCUGGUGGACAUGGAGUUCACCAGUUCAACCAGCCCUGAAGGCAUCCAGGGAGAGGCAGGGGGAGAAGAGACCCAGACCCCUGAAGGCAUCCAGGGAGAGGCAGGGGGAGAAGAGACCCAGACCCCUGAAGGCAUCCAGGGAGAGGCAGGGGGAGAAGAGACCCAGAGCCCUGAAGGCAUCCAGGGAGAGGCAGGGGGAGAAGAGACCCAGAGCCCUGAAGGCAUACAGGGAGAGGCAGGGGGAGAAGAGACCCAGACCCCUGAAGGCAUCCAGGGAGAGGCAGGGGGAGAAGAGACCCAGAGCCCUGAAGGCAUCCAGGGAGAGGCAGGGGGAGAAGAGACCCAGACCCCUGAAGGCAUCCAGGGAGAGGCAGGGGGAGAAGAGACCCAGACCCCUGAAGGCAUCCAGGGAGAGGCAGGGGGAGAAGAGACCCAGAGCCCUGAAGGCAUCCAGGGAGAGGCAGGGGGAGAAGAGACCCAGACCCCUGAACAAUUCCUAGCUUCCACAGAUCCAGCUACAGCAGCCCUUACAGAGGGUGAGGCUGAAAAGAAGACCAAGGGCUCCUCUUCAAGUGCCCUGGCUGCUCUGGUGCAGUUCUUCUUGGAGCGGGAGCGAGCAGCCAUAUUGGCUGAGGCGCAGACUGAUGACCUCAUCAGUGAACCCCCCAAGCCCCAGGACCAGAGCGGGGAGUGGCAGGAGACAUCGGGCGAGAUCCAGUGGGUCGCUGCAGAAACCAACGACGGUGAGAAUGGCGAGGAAAAGGACACAAAGAAAGACGAGGAAGACGAGGAGCUGGAUCUCAACAAAGCUCUGCAGCAUGCUGGGAAGCACAUGGAGGACAGCAUUGUGGCUUCCUACACAGCUCUGCUCCUGGGUUGUCUGUGUCAGGGCAGUCAGGUUAAUGUGACAACUGUGCGGGAAAACCUUCCCAAGGGAGAUUUCUCAAUAAUGACGGAAAUGCUGAAGAAGUUCUUAAAUUUCAUGAACCUUACUUGUGCAUUUGGCACCACAGGGCAUAAGUCCAUCUCUCGUGUCAUAGACUAUCUGGACCACUGUUAGUGAACCCUUCUUUGCAUUCUUGAGUGCAGAUAAGGGGACAUCUUUUCAGAUCUGGCAACCCAACAAGGUUCCCACCAGAUCUGGCAACCUUAGCAAGGUUAUGUCAGAUGUGGCGUCCCCAGCAGGACGGGCUGUACAGAGAAUCCACCAGAGAUCAUCGGUGUCCCAACAGUGUCCCCGGCAUUGCUUCAACAUGUGUUCUCACUCUGAAGAACAAGACACACACCACACACAAUGGCCUGUGAUGGUUGUAGAAAAGGGAAGGGAACUGUAGAAAAGGGAAGGGAAGUUCUGAUUAUGACCAUUUGCAUAAGCUUGCGGUCAAGUUGAAAUCUUCUGGAGUUUUCUUCAAUGCUUGUUUAAGUUAUUCUCACAAGGUCAUGUAAUGUAACAUCAUUCUACAUUUAAGAAAUCAUCAGUUCAGGAUGACUGAUGUUAUUUAAGUAUUUGUUUUUAAAUAAUGGCACUUAUAUACUUGUUAUAAUUGAAUUGAAUAAUUGUUUUACUCAUUGCCCUUCCAAAUUUGACUUUACAGUCAAACUGAGUUUUGUGUUUUAAAUUUGCAAUUGGUUGUUUUUAUGAUUGUGGUUAUGCUGUGUGAGAUGCUUCAAGUCUCUACAGUUCCUUACCUUUUACAUGUUCCACCUAACACAUCACUUGAAGUGGCUGGAUAUAAUAACUGCUGUUUGUACGGUUUUCAUUACACUCCCAGAAACCCUGGUAAACCGGACUAACAUUAAUAAUAACCAAACCUCGGCCAACUGGCAUAAUCCUCAUUGAACAUUGUUUGCCCAUACUGUGGGUCUCAGUGGUGGUUAGUGGCACUUUAAAUGAAGAAGACGGUCUCAUAGUAAUGGUUGGAAUGGCCACAUGUUUGGUACCAUUCCAUUCACUCCAUCCAUUACUAUGAGCCGUUCUCCCCUCACCAGCCUCCUCUGGUGGGCAUUGUAUCUUAUCACUUCAAGUAGCGCUGAUCCAGAACCAAGCCCAGGGUUCACCACCUGGUCCUGGACAGGGGGUGCAGGUUGCAUCCAGCCCUGCAGUAAUUAUCAAAAGCCUGCACACCUAGUACCCUGCGUUGGUGAUCCCUGUCCUAACUCCAACCCCCCUAGGCACCCCCAAGUCUGUGAGUACUGGAUAGUAAAAUGGUGACAAUUCUACCUAGUUUAUCGGAGGGAAAAGUGAAGUAACUACCAUACUGCUUAUACCUAUCCUUUCCAAUCUGCUUGUGGUGGUAGCCUCUGGGCAGGGCUGUAGUGUUUCUUUACUGCCCCUUGUGUCUUAAGUCAUCAUGUUGGACAUGACCGUCCUACUCUGAGCGGUGAACCAGUACCCCUAAACCUCCUUUCAGCUACUCUUAACUAGUCCUGUGCUCCAAUAAGAUACUGAUUGAAUGACUGCCAUACAGAUUUGCAUUUCCCUCUGAUUUGUAGAGCUGCAAUUGAACAGACAUGUUACCUGCAAGUUGAGUUGCAAAUCUAGGAUAUAUUCAUGAUGACGAUUCUGUUGCGAAAUGUUUUUACAAACAAAAAAAGGGUUUCUAUUGGACAAAUUCAGUUAGGUCCGUUCCGUUUUUCUGUUUGCUUCCGUUUGGUUGUUAAAGGGUUUCUAUAAUGAAAGGAAUUUCAGAAUGUAAACACCUGUAAAUAGUGGUUAGUGGAUGUUAGAAUGCUAGACUACUUUUCUGAAACUGAUAUUUUUAUUUUCUACAAUAUUUCUGAGUUGUCAUUUUGAAGUAAAAGCAAAAAAAUACAAAGCCCCCUACAGGACGAAAAAAGUUUGUACCAGUAUUGAGGACGUUGUCUUUGAUUACAUGUAAAUAAUUGUAACUCAAAUAAAGUUACUUUCAGUACACCACUG